AUGGAAAAGAGAUUGGCUAAGCGUAAGAGAAAACAGCUUCAUGGGCGAGAGCAGGACGAUUGUGAGCCAGAGAGCAAAAAAGCCACAUUAGAAGAGGCCACUCAAGAGGAACACAGAGAACUGAAAUUGAGGAAUUACGCUCCAGAGGAUGAAGAGCUAAAGGAAAUACCGGUGCCUAAGGCCAAUCCAGCAUCAGUGGAAGAUAAAGUAAAAGAUAAUCCAGAGCCCAUCAUUGAGGAAGUGGAUUUAGCCAAUCUUGCCCCAAGAAAACCAGACUGGGAUCUAAAGCGCGAUGUGGCAAAGAAACUGGAGAAGUUGGAGAGGAGAACACAGAGAGCCAUUGCUGAACUCAUCCGUGAUUGUCUGCGUUGCCAUGAAGAGGAGUUGGCCGGAGCCAUCGGAGCAGAGGCGGGAGAUUCAGACUGAAUCCAAGAUGUGACAGAAAACAAGGAGACUAAACAGAGAUGCCCAAGAUUUACUGCAGCAGUCACAUCUGGGUUGUGCAUACAGAUUUAAUUGUGCAGGGAGUAAAGCAGUGUUUCCUGUCAGGUCUUCAGACGAGUCAUAGCUUCUGUCCUUGUAGUA